AUCGCGUCGACCUCCGGGGCAUGUCAUCCAAAACUGUGAGUGGUCGAUCGAACAGGACAAGCAAACCUCUUCUAACAACUUCUACAUGUCUCAACCUCGCCCAUCUGUUGAACCACUGCUACCAAGACCAGCGACGGCAACACAGGACAGUGACAACGCAGACGAAGACGAAUUCCAACCGCAAGGUCUUCUGAGCAACAUGGGCAUCUCCAUUUCGACUGCCAGAUGGCUCGCACCUGCCUCCUUUAUCUUUGACUUUGCAUGCCAGAUGUACGGUAUGAAUUCUUCACCCAACAUGAAGCAAAUUCAUGAUCGACAUCCUGCUGCGUUUUCCCCUCAGCCAUUCGCCAUUGCAGGUUUCUUUGGACCACAACAGAUUGCUCAAUUGUUGUGGCUCCGAGAACUGUAUCGAUCCGAUGCAGAAGUAGAACGAGGAACCGUUAGAUACGUCCCCUGGUACGCGCUCGGAAAUGCCAUGAUUGGUAUUUGGAUGUUCCUAUGGAACGGUGACAACAUGAAAGGCGCCGAUAUCCCCGUCAUCAUCAACACCUUGACUCAAGUUUACUACAUGCUGUACUUGCGAGAUCCUGCGCCGAACACUUACCAGGCAAAGCUCACCAAUAUCAUCAACAUCACUUUUGCUGGAAUCGGUAUCCUCGAUAUCUUCCACAACACUUCUGUGGCCUGGUUUGAAGGCGUCACUCCGAACGCCCUCACUACCAUUGGAACCAUGGCUGCCGCGCCUCUCACCGCGCUCUUCUCGCCCCUCCUGUUCGGAGCAUGUAUCGCUUACGACUUGUUCGGUGUGGCUAUUGGACAGCAUCAGCUCGCUCAAAAGGCUUUGGAUGGUCUCGGAGGUGGAGGUGGAGAAGGCUGGGCCAAGUUAAUGGGCGGUCUUGGACUAGGCGUCGCAGCGAUCGUCGGUGCAAGAGGAUGGGGCGGUGCACGAUGGCUCUAGUCAGAGAAGACUUUUCGUAUAUAUGUAACACAGACACCAGACAGAUACAUGUAGCUCAUACACUG